CAGAGUGAGAGAGUGUGUGUGUUUGUCUCUCUCUCAUUUCUCCAGGUCAGGUUGGAGGCGGCAGGUGGUCGGACCAGUGUGUGUGUGUGUGUCCGUGUGUGUCCGUGUGUGUGUGGAUGUUCAGCGGAUGUUCCUGCGCAGGUUUGUUCCCUGCACCGCGGUGAGUGAGGCUGCUCGGGUAGACUCGGGAUGGCGCAGGAACCGGAGGGAGACAACCGGCUCCUGCAGGACGAGCUGGACAGAGCGGGGAACGGGACGUGCGCCGACUGCGGCAACCCAGAGCCGGACUGGGCGUCGCUGACGUUGGGCGUGUUUGUUUGCCAGGCCUGCUCGCUCCUUCACCGAAGCAUCCCCCACAUAACCCGCGUAAAGUCUGUCCAGGACACGUGGGAGGCCAGCGAGGUGGAGUUAAUGGCUGCUAUGGGAAACAAUGCAGCCAAGGCCAAAUAUGAGCAGAAGGUUCCUGCUUUCUACUACAGACCAACACACACUGACUGCAAGCUGUUGAGAGAGCAGUGGAUCCGAGCCAAGUACGAAAGGAAUGAGUUUGAGUUCAUCGAGAAACAGGAACCUUAUUCUGCAGGGUACCGAGAGGGGUUUCUAUGGAAACGAGGAAGAGACAACGGUCAGUUUCUCAGCCGAAAGUUCAUCCUGUCAGAAAGGGAGGGAGCGCUGAAGUACUUCAACAAGCAGGAUGCCAGGGAUCCCAAGGCGGUGAUGAAAAUCGAGACGCUCAACGCCACCUUUCAGCCGGCCAAGAUCGGCAACCCCUGCGGCCUGCAGAUCACCUACCUGAAAGACAACAGCACAAGGAACAUCUUUGUCUACCACAGUGAUGCUAAGGAGAUGGUCGACUGGUUCAAUGCUAUCAGAGCAGCCAGGUUCCACUACCUGCAGGUGGCUUUUCCUGGAGCAAGCGAUGAGGAGCUGGUUCCCAAACUGACCAGAAACUUCAUGAGGGAAGGCUUCAUGGAGAAAACAGGCCCAAAGCACACAGAGGGCUUCAAGAAGAGGUGGUUCACUAUGGACGACAGGAGACUCAUGUAUUUUAAAGACCCUCUGGAUGCAUAUGCCCGUGGCGAGGUAUUUAUCGGCAGUAAAGAGAACAGCUACACCGUCAUGGCCGGCUUGCCCCCGACCACGCAGGGUUACCACUGGAACCACGGCAUCACCAUAGUCACGCCGGACAGGAAGUUCCUGUUUGCCUGCGAGACAGAGGCCGAGCAGCGGGAUUGGAUAGCGGCCUUCCAGAGGGUCAUCAAUCGACCAAUGAGGCCACAGGAAUAUGCAGUGGAGGCCCAUUUCAAGCACAAGCCUUGAAACCUGCGGGGAAACCACAACUCCAAAAAGAUCCCAAAUCGAGUCUUAGUCAGAUCAGAGACGACCCCGGCGUGUGACCACAGACCAUGACGGGGCAAGGUGGGGUGGGGGAAGUGGACGUGUAGGCAUUUUGAGAUGUGCAGAGAUAAGAAAAGCUGAUGAAGAAAAAGAAAAUAAGGAGAAAACAACACUCCAGUCUAUGUGUAGGAAACUCAAACUCUAAAAAGGGACUCGUGGCCCCUCAUGGGGUGAAACGCUGGUGGUCUGAGGCCAAAGGGUAGGUGAUGUCAUCCCUAUUGCGCUGAGUGACCCUGUGCUAUACGUUACCAUGCCAACCACCCCCCCCCAUCCUCAGCCGGGUGGGCCAUCCAGUCCCCUUCAACAACCUCCUUUCGUCUCGUGAAUGGUGCAUUCUACCUGUAAUCUAAUGUAAUUAUGUAAUCUAGAGUCAUUUCACUGGUUGCUUAACAGAGACCGUGUAUUGUUAAUUUAUUGAAUGUACAGUUUUGAUGACAGUGGCUUACCGUGAGCGUGGAAUCGUGACGUUUUCGUUGAGGACGCUGUGUGGUGGAACCUCUGGCACUGACACCCUGAUAAACCUGAAUCUACAAAGUGCUGUUAACAACAAAUAUGCAUAAAAACACACACAAACUCUCAGUGAUCACCGUCGCUGUUAAUGUAGCUGGAGGCGACUCAUCUGCUUCCAGACAGGGUUCUUUGAAAACCUCAAUCCGACAGCUGUUCUCUUUUUUAUUUGUACUGUUGAAGAUACCGAGUCAUCGUAGACCGUGAUUGCUGCUUUAAAGGAUUGUAAUGUGAUAGGAUUGUAAUUUAUAUAACACGUCUACAACUGUUGUAUUUACUUUUUGCAUCUUGUUUUAAAGGACACAUUGUUGUGUUGAUCCAUAUCAGUGCUGGUUUGUUUCAUGAUCAAAAUCUUAACAUCAAUACAGAUGAGUCUGAAAUCAAGUUGCAAGUGUCUGAUUUGUGUUCAAACCAAUGUUGAAGACAUUUCAGUCGAGUCUUCAGUCCCCUGGGAUUGAUGAUGAUU